GUGCGUGCACAACCAAAGGGGGAGUUCAGCUCAUUUCACCGUUCACCGACGCCGCGUGACGCUUAAACACGGGCAGCGCGCGCCGAACGCGAGGAAGCUCUCGCGCUCUCUCACGCGCAAAAUAGCGAAUGCAUACUGAUGAAUUUGAAUUUACCGUGUCAGAUCGGACCUGAGCGUUUUAAUCGAUGUCGGAGUUUUAUCUCUGGAUAUAAGCCGAAUCACCUUCCUCCUCAGCUGAAAGGAAAGACCUCAUCAAAGAGGCAAAUUAUGCCAGCAGUACCAGAGUCGCUGUCUCUGGUGACGUGCCAGCCUGUUGGUGAGACCCUUUGCUCCAGCGCCCACCCCUGUGCCCUCUCCCCUGGCAGGCCCAUGCUGGUGGACGCCCCACUCAGGCCCACGCCCGCACCAUGAGCGCCAACGGCCCUGCUGCGACUCCUGCCGCGCCCCCCGCAGCCUCUGUGCCUGUAUCGUCAGUGGUACCGGUCGGCUCGCUGGCCCAGAAGAAGCGGCAGCAGUAUGCCAAGAGCAAAAAACAGGGUAGUUCGGCCAACACACGGCCGCAGAGAGCUCUCUUCUGCCUCAACCUCAACAACCCCAUCCGCCGGGCCUGUAUCAGCCUCGUGGAAUGGAAGCCAUUUGAUGUCUUUAUAUUGAUAGCGAUUUUCGCCAACUGCAUGGCCUUAGCUGUAUACAUCCCCUUUCCCGAGGAUGAUUCCAACUCAACCAACCAUGACCUGGAAACAGUCGAAUAUGCCUUCCUUAUCAUUUUCACUAUCGAAACCUUCCUGAAGAUCAUAGCGUACGGCUUGGUGAUGCAUCAGAACGCAUAUGUCCGAAACGGAUGGAACAUGCUGGAUUUCGUCAUUGUCGUCAUAGGAUUGUUUAGUGUUGUCUUGGAAGUUCUGACCAAAGAUGGGGAGAAGGAAUCUGUUGGAAGCCAACCAUCCGUUCAAGGCCAUGGAGGGAAACCAGGAGGUUUCGAUGUCAAAGCCCUCAGAGCCUUUCGAGUGCUGCGACCGCUUCGCCUGGUCUCAGGGGUGCCCAGUUUACAGGUGGUGCUGAACUCCAUCAUUAAAGCCAUGGUUCCUCUCCUCCACAUCGCCCUGCUGGUUCUGUUCGUUAUCAUCAUCUACGCCAUCAUCGGUUUGGAGCUUUUCAUUGGAAAAAUGCACGCUACCUGUUACUUUCAAGGGACAGAUAUAAUAGAGGAUGAACCCGCGCCGUGUGCCGUAAACGGUCAUGGCCGCACAUGCCCCAUUAAUGGCACUGUGUGUAAGGAGGGCUGGCACGGCCCAAACGGAGGCAUCACGAACUUCGACAACUUUAUGUUUGCCAUGCUUACUGUGUUUCAGUGCAUUACCAUGGAGGGCUGGACAGAUGUGCUCUACUGGAUGAAUGAUGCUAUGGGGUUGGAGCUGCCCUGGGUGUACUUUGUGAGCUUGGUCAUCUUCGGCUCUUUCUUCGUCUUGAACCUGGUUCUGGGUGUGUUGAGCGGGGAGUUCUUUGUUGAUAGUGUGAAUUUGUAUGCUUGUGUGGAUUUCCAGAAGCUACGGGAAAAACAGCAGCUGGAGGAAGAUCUGAAAGGUUAUCUGGACUGGAUCACACAAGCCGAAGACAUCGACCCUGAGAAUGAGGAGGAUGAUGAGGAAAGCAAACGCAACCGGGUUACACUGGCCAGCCUGAUGGAGAAGAAGAAGAAAGGGUUUAGCUGGUUCAGCCAGUCUUCUGACACUCAUGCGAGUAUGCCGGCGAGUGAGACAGAAUCCAUGAAUACAGAAAAUGAGAAAGUAGAAGAUGAGAAGGCAACAUGUUGUGGCCCGACAUGUCAAAAAAUUUCAAAAUCAAAAUUCAGUCGGCGCUGGCGUCGCUGGAACCGGUUGUGUCGAAGGAAUUGUCGUUUGGCUGUGAAAUCUGUGCCAUUCUAUUGGCUGGUGAUCAUCUUGGUGUUCCUCAACACUUUGACUAUCUCUUCAGAACAUUACAACCAGCCCAUGUGGCUCACGCAAGUCCAGGAUGUGGCCAAUAAAGUGCUGCUGGCCCUGUUCACGUGUGAGAUGUUGGUGAAGAUGUACAGUCUGGGCCUGCAGGCCUAUUUUGUGUCUCUGUUUAAUCGCUUUGACUGCUUCGUGGUGUGUGGAGGCAUCACAGAGACAAUCCUAGUCGAGUUGGAGAUCAUGUCACCUCUAGGCAUCUCAGUGUUUCGAUGUGUGCGACUUCUCAGGAUCUUUAAAGUCACACGUCACUGGGCGUCUCUCAGUAACUUGGUGGCAUCUCUGCUGAACUCCAUGAAGUCCAUCGCUUCUCUACUGCUGCUGCUCUUUCUCUUCAUCAUCAUCUUCAGCCUCCUCGGUAUGCAGGUGUUCGGCGGCAAGUUUAACUUCGACGAGACACAAACGAAGAGGAGCACCUUUGACAACUUCCCUCAGGCCUUGCUCACUGUAUUUCAGAUUCUGACUGGUGAAGACUGGAAUGCCGUCAUGUACGAUGGAAUUAUGGCGUACGGCGGCCCAUCAUCGUCAGGAAUGAUUGUGUGCAUCUAUUUUAUCAUUCUGUUCAUUUGUGGAAAUUGUAUCCUCUUACAACUGCUGACUUCCUAAUUGGUGGACAACCUUGCAGACGCAGAGUCUCUGAACACAGACAGCGACGAUAAGAAGAAAGGUGAUGAAAUCGAUGAAAAUGAAGAAGAUGCCAAGGUUGAAGAGGAGGAUGAUAAGGACAAUGCAGAGGAGGAUGAAGACUUGCCGGACGUUCCUGUGGGGCCCCGCCCAAAGAUCUCAGAGCUUGUUAAGAAGGAGAAAAUCACUCCAAUCCCAGAGGGCAGUGCGUUCUUCAUCUUUAGCAACACAAACCCGUAUGUGUCACACUGAAGUCUGCUCAAACACUAUCUUCACCAAUCUUUUACCUUGUUCUUUUUUAUUCUUUUUUGCUCCUCCUUGGCAGCUGAGGACCCAAUCAGAAACUUCUCUGCCCGGAAUGUACGUUGCUCUUUGCAGAUACUUGGUUACUUUGACUAUGCUUUCACGGCUAUCUUUACUGUAGAGAUCGUGUUAAAGGUCCUAGGCUAUGCAGAUUAUGUCUUCACUAGUAUGUUUACAUUUGAGAUCGUGUUGAAGAUGACCACGUAUGGCGCGUUUCUCCACAAGGGGGCUUUCUGCAGGAACUACUUUAAUCUUCUAGAUCUGCUGGUGGUCGGCGUGUCGCUGGUGUCCUUCGGAAUUCAAUCGUCAGCCAUCUCAGUGGUGAAGAUUCUGAGGGUUCUGAGGGUGCUGCGUCCACUCAGGGCCAUAAACAGAGCUAAAGGACUGAAGCAUGUGGUCCAGUGUGUGUUUGUGGCCAUCAGAACUAUUGGAAACAUCAUGAUUGUCACCACACUGUUACAGUUCAUGUUUGCCUGCAUUGGUGUACAGCUCUUCAAGGGGAAGUUUUAUCGUUGUAAUGAUGAAACCAAGUCCAGCCCAGAGGUGUGCAAGGGAACAUAUAUCCUGUAUAAGGAAGGUGACGUGAACCAGCCAAUCAUUCAGAAGCGCCACUGGCACAACAGCGAUUUCAACUUUGAUAAUGUGCUCAUGGCCAUGAUGGCUCUAUUCACAGUGUCCACGUUUGAAGGCUGGCCAGCGUUGUUGUACAAGGCCAUAGACUCCAACCGGGAGAACUUGGGUCCGAUCUACAACUACCGUGUGGAGAUUUCCAUCUUCUUCAUCAUUUACAUUAUCAUCAUCGCCUUCUUCAUGAUGAAUAUCUUCGUGGGUUUCGUCAUUGUGACCUUUCAGGAACAGGGAGAGAAAGAGUACAAGAACUGUGAGCUGGACAAGAACCAGCGUCAGUGUGUGGAGUAUGCGUUAAAAGCGCGUCCUCUCAGGAGGUACAUCCCAAAGAACCCGUAUCAGUAUAAGUUCUGGUAUGUGGUGAACUCCACCGGUUUCGAGUACAUCAUGUUUGUCCUGAUCUUACUCAACACCAUCUGUCUCGCUGUUCAGAAUUGCGGUUUGUCAGAGUUUUUAGAUUUUGUUAGCGUCAUCCUGAAUAUGGUCUUCACUGCCGUCUUCACUGUGGAGAUGGUGCUUAAACUGAUCGCCUUCAAACCGCGGCAUUAUUUCACUGAUGCAUGGAACACGUUUGACGCCUUAAUUGUUGUCGGUAGCGUCGUAGAUAUUGCUAUCACUGAAGUCAACCCCACAGAGGCACCUCAGGUGGAUGAGACAGGGAACACUGAAGACAGCGCUCGCAUUUCAAUCACCUUCUUCCGUCUUUUCCGAGUGAUGCGAUUGGUCAAGCUACUGAGCAGGGGGGAGGGCAUCCGAACCCUGCUCUGGACCUUCAUCAAGUCCUUCCAGGCUCUGCCGUAUGUCGCUUUGCUGAUAGCCAUGCUCUUCUUCAUCUAUGCUGUCAUUGGCAUGCAGGUGUUUGGGAAAAUUGCCAUGGUGGACCACACACAAAUCAACAGGAACAACAACUUUCAGACGUUUCCUCAGGCUGUGCUUCUGCUCUUCAGAUGUGCAACAGGUGAAGCCUGGCAGGAGAUCAUGUUGGCAUGCAUGCCAGGGAAGCUGUGUGACCCGGAGUCAGAUUAUAAUCCUGGAGAAGAGAUGACCUGUGGGAGCAACUUUGCCAUCAUCUACUUCAUCACCUUCUACAUGCUCUGCGCCUUCCUGAUCAUUAACCUGUUUGUGGCUGUCAUCAUGGACAACUUUGACUAUCUGACCCGUGAUUGGUCGAUUCUGGGGCCACAUCAUCUCGAUGAAUUUAAGAGGAUUUGGUCAGAGUAUGAUCCAGAGGCCAAAGGCAGAAUAAAACAUCUUGAUGUAGUGACGUUGUUGCGCCGUAUUCAGCCUCCUCUUGGCUUUGGGAAGCUCUGUCCUCAUAGAGUCGCCUGCAAGAGGCUGGUGGCUAUGAACAUGCCUCUGAACAGUGACGGCACUGUCAUGUUUAAUGCUACACUUUUCGCUCUUGUGAGAACUGCACUGAAGAUCAAAACGGAAGGUAACCUAGAGCAGGCGAAUGAAGAGCUCAGAGCUGUGAUUAAGAAGAUCUGGAAGAGAACAAGCAUGAAACUUCUGGAUCAAGUGGUGCCCCCUGCUGGUGAUGAUGAGGUAACGGUGGGGAAGUUCUAUGCCACUUUCCUGAUACAGGACUACUUUAGGAAAUUCAAGAAACGCAAAGAGGAAGGCCUGGUGGGCGUUCACCCAGCACAGAACAACACCGCCAUCGCCCUGCAGGCUGGCCUUCGUACGCUGCAUGACAUUGGGCCAGAAAUCCGCCGUGCGAUAUCAUGUGACCUGCAGGAUGAUGAGCUAGUAGACUUUAUGCCAGAGGAGGACGAAGAAAUUUAUAGGCGAAAUGGAGGUCUCUUUGGCAACCACAUCAACCACAUAAAUGGAGACCCCCGGAGGAGCUCCGACCACCAGACAAACGCCACACAGCGCCCCCUGCAGGUGCAGCCACCUCCACAUUACGCCCACAUGGAACAGCCCGUGGGGCGCUUGGGCCGUGCCAAUGCCAUGGCGCAGCAAAACCAUCAUCGCCACCAUCACCAUCAUCAUCACCAUCAUCAUCAUCACAACUCCUACAACAAGUCUCCCAAGUCUACCAACAUCAACCUCAACAACGCCAAUGUGUCCAGCUUGCCCAAUGGAGGACACAGUCGUUACUAUGAGCACAUGCCCCCUAACGGUUACCCAGGAUCGUACUAUGGAGAAUACGACAAGCCCAGGACCCCACACGGGCAAAGGCGCUACUAUGAGACAUAUAUUAGGUCGCAGGGCAGCGACAGAAGACGACCCACUAUACGCCGCGAAGAGGAGUAAGAAGAUCGUUACUCUGGAGAGUACUACAGUGGAGAUGAGUUUUACGAAGAUGACAGCAUGCUGUCAGGUGACAGGUACCCCAACAGUGACCAGGAAUACGAGACGCCACGGGGUUACCAUCAUCCUGACAGUUACUAUGAGGAUGACGAGCAGCCCCUUUAUCAUGAUUCACGUAGGUCACCAAAGAGAAGACUGCUUCCUCCAACACCGCAAGGUAAUCGGAGACCGUCGUUUAAUUUUGAGUGUUUGCGCAGACAGAGCAGUCAAGACGAUCUUCCUCACCAGCGCACCGCUCUUCCAUUACAUCUCAUGCAACACCAGGUGAUGGCCGUAGCGGGUCUAGACUCCAGCAGGGCUCAGAAGCUUUCACCUACUCAAUCUACCAGAUCAUGGGCGUCAUCUCCUCCCACUCCUGCAAGUAAAGACAGAACGCCGUACUACACACCGCUUAUCCGCGUGGACCGUCCUCUGAGGGACAGUGCCCACAGCAGUCACUCAUCCAUCAGGAAGAGCUCGUGGUAUACAGACGACCCUGAGUACCAGAGGAACUACUCGCCCGUUCACCUGCAGGUGCCACCCGAGUACAGAAACCAGUACCACCAGAAGAGAGGCAGCGCUACCAGCCUAGUCGAGGCAGUCUUGAUAUCAGAAGGACUGGGUCGAUAUGCCAAGGAUCCAAAGUUCGUGGCCGCCACAAAGCACGAGAUUGCAGACGCGUGCGAGAUGACCAUCGACGAAAUGGAGAGCGCCGCCAGCCAUCUCCUGAACGGUGGCAUUACGCCGGGUGUCAAUGGUGUCACUGUCUUUCCCAUAAUGGGCCACAGAGACUACGAGCUGCAAGAUGUCUCAGCUAGCUACAGUGACGAGGAACCAGAACCCGAACCCAGAACGCAGUAUGAGGAGGACCUGGCGGAUGAAAUGAUAUGCAUUACCACUUUAUAGCACCUGGUUAGCAGCUGCUGCUGUUCCUCAGAAACUGAUCAGUGAAACAAACAAAUCUAUAGUAUAUUUACUGGCUUACUACCUAAAGAAGUGCCUUUACAGCAGAGCAGAAAGGCGCCACAAGACGGACGCAUUGGUGCCGCUCGCUCACUUCCUGUUCACACAGGAAUUUGGCAGUCAUGGCACCAGGGAGGAGCUAAGAACUCUGGAGGUAAACUUUAAUUGGCUGUUUGUACCGUCACUGCAGGAAAUGGACCAAUGAGCAGCGAGGGGUGGGGUGGGGGUGCAGGCUGUUUCCACGGUGAUGACAAUCAAAACGAAUGUCAUUACCUCAGUCACUUUAUUAAGGGUUUUGCAUAUCAAGCACGUUGCAAGCUCAAUGCAAGCUAAGUAUGGCAUAUCCAUCUCAACAAAGGCUUUAGUUUUGACUCGCCCCGUAUGACUAUUUUAGUACCGUUUAAGGUCAAGUGCAUAUUUUAGAGAACAAACGCUAAUUCAACAGCUCUGGUUUACAAUAAGGAUAUCAUGCAGGUUUGUGGAUUUGGAAAGGAUUUCAGCAUUUGUGUUGAAUGCACUAGCAGACAGGUUAUUUUUUUUAAAUUAGGAUAGCCUGUUUGAUAUUUAAUAAUAUGCUGUAAAUGACUUGUAAUAUAUAAAGGUAAAGAAAACUUUGUAAAGAGACAUAUAUUUUGUAAUUAUGUACUGUACAAAAAAGAAAAGCAGCAAUAUUAAUCCUAAUUGAUGUUAUUGCAUUACAAAAAAAGAUGAAAUUUGGUGUUAUUUUAAUAGGUACUGUACUUUAUUAUUAAAUUCUUUGCCUUUAUUCUUUUCUCAUAUGCAUUCUUACUUGUUAAAAGCAUAGAACAAAAAAGCCAAUUUUCUAUGAGGUUGAGUCUGUGACACACCCGCACAAGAUAUGCAAGUUGUUUUCUCAGUGUCCGUUUCAUAAGCGUAAUCGAUGUAGUGUUCUUUUAAAAUUUAUGGCAUGCAGUACGGGGCACGAGCGUCGACCCCCUUUAAGAGGAUUUUAGUAGGGCUUACAGAAUCAUGUCUUAAUCGCACUCUUGUUUGUGUAUAUAGAACGAGUCUGUCGAAUAGGACAUCCCGUUUUAAGGGUUCGUGUUUCGUUGCAUAUUUUGUGCCGGGGAGGUGCACAGGAAGGUGCAAUGGUAAAUGCUUUGUGCAUUAACAAUGCUGCUUAAUUAGUCUGCAAUUAAACUGUACGACCUUCACUUGGAAAAGCCUGCUGCCACUGGCUGAUCUAUGAAUAGCUGAUCUAGGAAUAGGGUUUCGGGUUUAGGG